UGUUCCAACACAAGAAAAUGAGAAAAAUCUAAAUCUUAAGGCUCCGGCUGCGAUACUUGAUCCUCAAAAACAAGUAACUCAGCCUAUGGUUCCCGAACCUCAAAAAACUCCAGUCCAACCUAUGGUUUCCGAUUAUCACAUAACUCCAAUUAAAAAUCCUCAAAGUAAUGACAUAAUUCCAAUUUGUGAUGAUAUUGAACAAACUGAUGCGAAAGAGGAAACUGAUGAAAGUGAUGUAUCUGAAGGUCGCGAAUUAAUAUCCGAUCCUCUCUUACGUUCCAACUUAGAAAGUCUC